UAUAUAUUUUCACUGUUUCGAUCCCUUUAUCUUCGGUCUGGUCUGAAAACCAUCUUUCUCUCGCUCAUCGUUUUCCACAGAGAGAGAGAGAGAGAAAGAGAGAGUAGUGUAGAUAGAUAGAUAGAGAGAGAGAGAGAGCUCUAUAGAGAGAGAAAGUGAAGCAUUUGAUACAAAACAACUCAGACAAUUUACAGUCUGAUCUUCAUAGAAACGAACCUUCGCAGGUUUGAAGUUCACAUUCCUUAUGUUUUCUUGGCAAUCUGAUGGAGAAUAUGCUAAAGAUAAAGAACAUGCAUGCAAUAAUUAACUUUGAAGUGCGCGCCUCAGAGACAUUUUUCAGGGUUGACUGGAAAAGAAGUUGCAGAAAGGAUCUAUUAUUUCCUCGAGGAAGGCAACUUUCCAGGGUGAGCUUCAAUCUGAAGCUAUAAGUUGGAUCUCAUCAGUGCUCUAUAACAACAGUGGUGUGGAAAUCAGUGACAGAUCGGAACUGAGUUUCAAUCUGGAAAAUUACGACUUAGAGAAAUCAGAUUCUAGAAAAGGAUAUGGCUACAAGUCUUUGCAAGGACCAUUAAAUUAGAACUUCAUACCGUCAAUUCUAGAUCCCAAAUUUGCCAGAAACUAAUAGCUUUCCCUAAUGGCUUUAUGCAUUGACCGAAGAACUUUUCAGACAAAACAUAAUCAAGUAGAUUUUGUGGGAGACCAUACUUGAUCUGAUUGCUUGAUUAUCAUUGAAGGCUUUGUUUUGUGAUUUAGCUAGGAAGCGUCCCAGCCACAUUUCUACUCUGACAAUAAUAUUUGUAUAGGUUAGAAAACUGUAGAAGCUCCCAGUGCUUAGAACAUUCUUGUUUGGCGGCCACAGCUGCUUGUCUGGUGCUAACAACCCUGUAUGCAACAACCUCAGCCAAGGCAGCAGCCUGGGUUUAUCGACAUGCAGAUGUUGCAGCAACACAUUAUGCUAAAGCAGUUGCAAGAACUUCAACGGCACCAGCAACUUCAGGAGUUAGGUGAUGGAAGGCAGCAGAACUAUUUAAACCAGCUAUCUGGAAUGAAUAAGCAGGCUGCUGGGGGUCAAUUUUUGCCCCCGAUUAAUGGAACACCUAUUCAUGAUUCAUCACAGACGUUUAUGGUUGAUAACAUGAACUUGGUGGAGCGUGGUGCACCACCAUCUAUCCAAGGAUUUUCAAAUGGAUUCUGUUCACAGGCUCAAAGUCAGGAUCUGUGUUCGGUGAGUCCGGUGCCUCAACAGCUUGAAGUAUCUUUAUAUGGAACCCCUAUUGCAAGUGGAAGAAAUAAUUUGAAUCAAUACUCUCAUCUCCAAGGGUUAUCUCACGACUCCGCCAAUGUGUUGACCAAGGGUAGUGAUAAUCAGGCAGAGAAACCUACAAUGCAGCCAUCAGACUUCAGUAACUCCUUUCUGAGUGAAAACUGCAGUGUUUCUUCAGACCAGCUUUGCAUGCCAGAUGGAGCUUUCCUAUCCAAACAGUUUUUUGAUGCGAAGAACUUGCUUGGGCAAGUUCCAAUUCAAGGUUUUAGUGGUGGAAUUCUACCUGAGAACUUCCAGCAGAUGAAUGCCUUGCAAAGGAAUGCAUCAACAAAGGACGGGAGGCAAGAGCAAGCUGGUUAUCCUGAACAGUUUCCAGGAAAGACAACACAGAUCGACCCUUCUCAGGGUUUGACUACCCUAGAUCCACUGGAACAGAAAAUUUUGUUCAAUAUGGAUGACAACAGUUGGAAUGCUUCUCUAGGCAGCAACACUGACAUAGGCACAGGGAGCUUUGGGAAUACAUUGGAAUGUGCAGAUUAUUUAAGCUCUUUUCCUUCCAUUCAAAGUGGGAGCUGGAGUGCUCUGAUGCAGUCUGCUGUUGCAGAAGCUUCUAGCAGUGAUACUGGGUUACAAGAAGAGUGGAGCGGCCUGAGUUUUCAGAACACAGAACUGUCAAAUGACCAUCAGCCCUCAAAUUUUUUGGAGAGUAGAAAGCAACAAACUGGUUGGGUUGAUAACAAUAUGCAGAUUGCCUCUCUACAUUGUAAACCUCAACUUCUAUUUGAUGAUUCCAAUAUGAGCUCUGGCUUCCCUGGGUUCCAGCAAUCAGGCAUCCAGUUCUCAGCCAUACAGAGAGAAGCGAUGCGUUCUGAUUCCUCACAUGAAUCUGUGCAGCAGUCUCCUAAAAUUGCUGCCAAGUGGUUAGAUUGUAAUGCUCAACAGAAUCAACCCAUUGAGGGAAGUCAACCAAUUCAUAUAAUCCAACCUUUGGAAAAUGCAUGGCCUGGUCAAAAUUUUGAGCAUUCAGAAGGCAAUGCACGGCAGCAGAGCAUAUCCUCGUAUAAAAAUAGUCACCAACGUGGCGAUAAACUAAUAGGAAGCAAGAUGGAAUCUUCCUCACCUAGUGGAAAUGUCACAUUGAAUGUUUGCAACAAUGAGAAACAACAGAGCUGCUACCAAAGAGAGAAAUCUAAUGACAGCUAUCACUCCAGUGCAUCCCAGCAUACUAUCACAGAAGAUGACGUGAGAGAGAACAUGUGGCUACAUGAAAGUGAUUCACAACCUGUGGCACGGGGUAACCGAAAGUCAUCUGAUCAGGUUCUGUGCCGACAAGUCUCCCAAGGAUCAAGCAAUCACGAGCAAGGAUAUUUUGCACAGUUCAAGUUUGUUGGUGAUGUUUCUAGAAGUGCUGUAGAGUUGGAAAAGGGAUGCUUGCCUGAUAUUCAAAGGAACUCAAAAGCAUCAGAGGAGGUACCUCCUAGGGGCAUUGUUGGAGCUAAUGUAUCUGCCUCCAGUGAUAGCUCAGUUGGAUACGGUCCAAAUCGAACUUCUCAGACAAGUCAAAAUAUGCUUGAGCUUCUUCACAAAGUUGAUCAUGGCAGGGAACAAAGAACUGUAACACACUUAAGUACUACCGACUCUUGUCCAUUAUUGGAGGUGCCAGAAGCAAAAACUCCUGAGGCAUUUAUGGCUAAAUCAUAUGAUCAAUCUUUCAUUUCACCACGCUUUGGCUUAAGGUUGGCUCCUCCGUCUCAACGGCUGCCUAAUUCAAGCAGUUUUUUCUCAUUGCAGAGCUCUCCACAAUCGGGAAACUCUACUGCAACAUCCCCUACAGGCCCUUUUAAUCUAAGAAAUCAGCUUCAAUCUCCACAGGCAACAUUGCCUGAUAUGGCAAGAAGACUUCCACAAUUUAAUUGUGCUACUUCUCCAACAUCAAGCUUGUCUGAACAAGUCGGAUCUUCAACAAGGCCGCCCAGUGUAUGGAGAAAUUUACCGACUCAACCACAUCUAUCUGUCACAGAACUUCACGAGCUUCCCUCUGAUUUGCUUUUGUCUGCCGAUUCAACAAAUACCAAUCUCCAGACUCCUUCAUGGGCUACACAUGGUCAAAAUUCCUACAAAGGAACUGAAUCUCGGGAUUUGGGUGCAUGUUCCAUGAAUUCACAAGGCUUUGAAUAUGGGGAAGAACACCCUGAGAAGGAAAGGUCACAGCAGCAAAUUUCUUCAGAAAUAGUAGACCAAGCUUCACAGAUGGGGGGAUUAUUUCAUGGGCAAGAAUCUGUGGCAAAGCAUCUCUCAGAACCAAAUGCUGUUGGCUCUGGCUCUUUGAUGGCUCGUCCUUACCAGAACUUUAAUAGUGCAUGGCAUGGUGAUAAACAAGCGUCAGCUGUUUCUGCAAGAGACCUUGAAGCCUUUGGACGUUCUUUGAAACCAUCUAAUCUUCAUCCGAGUUAUUCCCUAUUGCAUCAAGUGCAUUCUCUGACCAAUAUGGAGACUGAUCCAAGUAGGAGGGUUUCAGACAAAAAUCACACAGCUGGUUCUGAUCUGAAUGUUCAGCAGGUAACUGCUGUUGCAGGACAUCAGAUGAUGUAUGGACAUAAUUCAGCUUCACGGCUCAAUUCAUUUCCAACUAGGGAUGUUAAAAUGCUAAGCUUCUCAUCAGAGGCGGGAGAUGAUCAGUCUGUCAAAGCUUUGUCUCUACCUCUUCAAGAUACCCCACAGGAAAUGGCCACACAUGAUCAAAGUUAUUUGAGUGAUUUGGCAUUUAAUAGAACAGAACAUUCCCAGAUUAAUGUGCAAAUGGCACCUUCCUGGUUUAAGCAUUUUGGAACCUUGAAAAAUGGGCAGAUGUUGCCAAUGUAUGACGCUAGGACUGCAAAUAAUUCUGUACAGCAGUUUCCUCUUGGGAGGCCUUUUGAGAAUUUGCACAUGAAUACUUCCGUGGUCCAAGUAAAUGUUCCUGGUCCCAGUCAGGUUAGCAGCGUGUGGCCAACUACAGCCACCACUUUGGCAGUGGGUACACUAUCACCCCCUUUUGUGCUGUCUAAAGAUGCCAGUGAUCAUAAUUUCUGUGUUACGACAUCAAAGAAACGUAAAAUUGCAGCAUCUGAGCUUCUACCAUGGCACAAGGAAGUGACACAAAGUUCUAAGAGGCUUCCAACCAUCAGUUCGGCAGAACUAGAAUGGGUACAAGCUGCAAAUCGGCUUGUUGAAAAGGUGGAAAAUGAGGCUGAAAUGAUUGAAGAUUUGCAGCUAUUGCUUCGACCAAAGAAACGGCUUGUCCUUACAACACAGCUUAUGCAACAGAUGUUUAGGCCUGCACCGGCAGCCAUUCUCUCUGCAGAUGCUACUUCAAACUGUGACAGUGUGGCCUACUUUGCCGCUAAGCUGGCGUUAGGUGAUGCAUGCAAUUUGAUCUAUUGCUCAGGAAAUGAUUCGUGUCUCUUGUCGAAUGACAAUGACGUGAUGUCUGAGAAGCCCAAAACUUCUGAGAGAAUUGAUGAGCAGUAUUUCUCAAAAAUUGUGGAAGACUUCAGCAGCCGAGCAAUGAAGCUGGAAAGCGACUUGUUCAGAUUAAACAAGACAGCAUCAAUUGUAGACAUAAGAGUGGAAUACCAGGAAAUAGAGAAGUUCUCUGUCAUCAACCGUUUUGCGAAGUUCCACUGCCGGGGGCAAUCAGAUGCAGCAGAGACCUCAUCAUCGGGUGGCACAACUCCAACUGCACUGAAAUCAUGUCCACAAAGAUAUGUCACUGCAUUUCCCAUGCCUAGGACAGUGCCUGAAGGAGCACCAUGUCUUUCACUUUGAUCACUGAUGAUCAAUCACUUCACCCCUUGCAUGCCCCUUCGAUCCAUACUCUGUUUUCCGUUGCCUCUGUCUGUUGCAGCCUGUAGUCUUUUUUCAAUAACCUCAAUGCCGGUGCACAAGAAAACCAAUGAAAAGGGCACCCCCAAAAAAAAAAGAAAAAAAAAGGGGAAAUUUUGGGGAAGGUGAACUGCUAGAAAUUGAAGCCGUUUGAUCUUUUUGAUCAAGCCCGGUUGUUGUCAAUUUUGAGGAAGUAUAUAUUGUUCUUAAUAUAUUUUCAUGAGAAUUUAAGGAGAUUCAUGGAGUAACCCAAUCAUCUUUCCUAGGGUUGUUACAUUAAUCAACUAAAUUUACAUGUAUUUCAUAUGAAUUUCUGGUAGCUGUGGCUUUGCAGCCAUUCUUCUUCUUCUUCCUUUUUUUCCAGGGUUGGUAGAAGAGUUGGCAUCAUGAAGAAAAACAGGAUAAUUGGCAACUAAAUGAGGCACGGUUUCAGAGGUACCCUUUGGCUCUAUUUGAUAGCAAUGUCGUUUAAAAAAGAAUCUGUCUACUAAUGAGCAUCUUAAAUGUAUUGGUUAAUAAAGCAUUUGAGGGUUGUACAUUCUUCAACUAUCCAUUUUUA